AUGUCUUCCUCAGACGAAGAGACCCUCAGCGAGAGGUCCUACAGGAGUGAGCGAUCGUGCAAAAGUGAACGGUCCUACCGAAGUGAGAGGUCUGGCAGCCUGUCUCCCUGCCCGCCGGGGGACACCUUGCCCUGGAAUUUACCCCUCCAUGAGCAGAAGAAGAGGAAGAGUCAGGACUCUGUGCUAGACCCAGCAGAAAGAGCUGUUGUCAGAGUAGCCGAUGAACGGGAUCGAGUCCAGAAGAAGACCUUCACCAAAUGGGUGAACAAGCACCUGAUGAAGGUGCGCAAGCACAUCAAUGACCUCUACGAGGACUUGCGGGAUGGCCACAACCUCAUCUCUCUGCUGGAGGUCCUUUCAGGUGUCAAAUUGCCCCGGGAAAAGGGCCGGAUGCGAUUCCACCGACUACAGAAUGUGCAGAUUGCCCUCGACUUCCUGAAGCAGCGACAGGUGAAGCUGGUGAACAUUCGCAAUGAUGACAUCACAGAUGGGAACCCGAAGCUCACCUUGGGGCUCAUCUGGACAAUUAUCUUGCACUUCCAGAUCUCUGACAUCUACAUCAGUGGAGAGUCUGGAGAUAUGUCCGCCAAAGAGAAGCUCCUUCUGUGGACCCAGAAAGUGACAGCAGGUUACGUGGGGUUGAAGUGCACCAAUUUCUCAUCCUGCUGGAGUGAUGGAAAGAUGUUCAAUGCUAUUAUCCACAGAUACAGGCCAGAUCUUGUGGAUAUGGAAAGGGUGCAGAUUCAGAGUGGCCGAGAGAAUCUGGAACAAGCCUUUGAGAUUGCAGAGCGGCUUGGGGUCACCAGGUUGCUGGAUGCGGAAGAUGUGGAUGUCCCAUCCCCGGAUGAAAAAUCUGUGAUAACUUAUGUGUCUUCAAUUUAUGAUGCCUUUCCCAAAGUCCCAGAGGGAGGAGAAGGGAUCAGUGCCACUGAAGUGGACACACGGUGGCUUGAAUAUCAGAACCAGGUGGAAUCGCUCGUCUCCUGGAUCAAGCAGCACACGAUAAUGAUGUCUGACAAAUCUUUUCCCCAAAACCCUGUAGAGCUCAAGGCACUUUAUAACCAGUACAUACACUUCAAAGAAACAGAGAUCCCAGCAAAACAGCAAGAAAAAAGAAGAAUUGAGGAGCUGUAUAAACUGCUGGAGACCUGGAUUGAAUUUGGUCGCAUUAAGCUGUCCCAGGGAUAUCACCCCAACGAUGUGGAGGAAGCCUGGGGCAAGCUCAUAAUAGAGAUGUUGGAGCGUGAGAAAUUGCUACGGCCAGCAGUGGAAAGGUUGGAAUUGCUGCUACAGAUUGCAAACAAAAUUCAGAAUGGGACUCUCAGCUGUGAAGAAAAACUCACCCUGGCAAGAAACACACUACAGGCGGAUGAAGCACAUCUGGAGUCAGGUCAGCUAGUGCAGUAUGAAUCCAACGUUGUCAUAUAUCUCCAGGAGUGUGAAGGGCUCAUCCGCCAACUCCAGGCAGAUGUUCAGAUACUCCGGGAUGAAAACUACUACCAGCUGGAGGAGCUGGUCUUCAAGAUUGUCCGGCUUCAAGAUGAGCUGGUUACCCUGAGGCUGGAAUGCACCAAUCUUUACCGGAAGGGGCACUUUUCUUCCCCUUCCUCCCGGGACUUGCUGCAGCCUUCCUCCUUGAACACCACGCACCUUAAGGCCGAUCCCUUGCUGAAGGGAACGCACACAGCCACCACCACCUCUACCUCCUGGUUCCGGAAGCCGAUGACCCGCACUGAGCUGGUGGCCAUUUCAUCCUCGGAAGAUGAGGGCAGCCUCCGGUUUGUGUACGAGCUGCUCUCUUGGGUGGAAGAGAUGCAGAUGAAGCUGGAGCGGGCCGAGUGGGGAAAUGACUUACCGAGUGUGGAGUCUCAGCUGGAGGUACAGCGGCAUAUCCACACCAGCGUGGAAGACCUCGGCGCCAGCGUGAAAGAGGCCCGAUUGUAUGAGGGUAAAAUGUCCCAGAAUUUCCAUACUAGUUACUCAGAGACGCUGGCUAAGCUGGAGACUCAAUACUGCAAACUGAUGGAGACCUCCAGCUUUCGAUUGCGCCACCUCCAGAGCUUGUACGCAUUUGUGUCUCAAGCCACCACAGAGUUAAUUUGGCUAAAUGAAAAGGAAGAGGAGGAGCUGGCUUAUGACUGGAGCGACAACAACCCCAACAUGGCGGCCAAGCGGAACUAUUUCUCGGAGCUUACAGUGGAACUAGAGGAGAAGCAGGAUGUGUUCCGUUCACUGCAAGACACGGCUGAGAUGUUAUCAUUGGAGAAUCACCCAGCCAAGCAGACGGUGGAGGCAUACAGUGCAGCAGUGCAGACUCAGUGGCAGUGGAUCAAGCAGCUGUGCUUGUGUGUGGAUCAGCACGUGAUGGAAAACACAGCUUACUUCCAGUUUUUCAGCGACGCCCGGGAUUCAGAAGGGUACUUGAAGAGCUUGCAAGACACAAUCAAAAGGAAGUAUUCUUGUGACCGUAACACCAGCCUGACCCGCCUGGAGGACCUUCUCCAGGAUUCCAUGGAUGAGAAGGAGCAGUUGAUCCAGUCAAAGAGUUCUGUUGCCAGCUUAGUGGGAAGGUCCAAAAGCAUUGUUCAGCUGAAGCCACGAAACCCCGAUCAUGUUUUGAAGAACACUAUCUCUGUAAAGGCAAUAUGUGACUAUCGCCAGAUUGAGAUAACCGUCUGCAAAAAUGAUGAGUGUGUUCUGGAAGACAAUUCCCAGAGGACCAAGUGGAAAGUGAUCAGCCCCACAGGGAAUGAGGCCAUGGUCCCUUCGGUUUGCUUCUUGAUUCCCCCUCCCAACAAAGAGGCAAUUGACUUUGCCAGCAGAGUGGAACAGUUAUAUCAGAAGGUGAUGGCCCUUUGGCACCAGCUCCAUAUCAACAUGAAGAGCCUUGUCUCCUGGAACUAUCUGCGGAAGGUCAUCUCUCUGGUGCAGAGCUGGAAUGUAGAGAAGCUCAGGGCCUUGCCCCCAGGAGAGUGUCACCAAACCAUGAAGAACCUGCAGGUGCACUACACAGACUUCUUGGAGGACAGCCGGGAUUCAGAGCUCUUCUCUGUGACUGACCGGUUGCGCCUGGAAGAGGAAGUGGAGGCUUGCAAAGAGAGGCAGCUUCUCCAGUAAAUGGAAAAUGAGGACAAAGAUGAGACCGCUGCUCGGACGUACCUCUCUGAACUGAAGAACAUCCACAUUCACCUGGAGGAAUGUGAGCAGCGGCUGGUGGGGACCAUCCGGACCCCGAGCAGCACCAGAACAGAUGGAGAUGCUUUACAGGAGAACACUUUCCGUAUCGCUGAGCAGGAGCGAUUGAAGGAGGAUUUGCAUCAUUUGAAGGCUGACGUGGAACAGCUUUCCGAGAGAUGCAACAUUUUCCUGCACAAAUCUCCAACAGGGUCCAGUGCCCCACAUCUUCGCUCUGAGCUUAACCUGCUGGUGGAAAAGAUGGACCACGUUUAUGGGCUCUCAUCCAUCUACCUGGACAAGUUAAAAACUGUGGAUGUCAUCAUUCGGAACACGCAAGGAGCUGAGUCCCUGGUCAAAGGGUAUGAGGUCAAAUUGAGUCAAGAGGAGGCUGUGCCUUUGGAUCUGGCCACCAUAAGGUCUCACCGAGCUGCCUUACAGCAAUGGAUCAGUGAAAUGAAUGAGAAGAACACAGUCUUUGCGAUGUUGGAAGAUGACCUGGCGAGAGCCAAAGUGGUGGCCAAUCAACUGUUCUCUAUGAAGCAGGAGCGCAGCCCUGAUGUGGAACGCUACCAGGAGAAAGGCGCACAGCUGUGGGAUCGUUGGCAGAGGGCCAGCACACAGCUUGAGACUCGCCAAUUAGAGCUGGAGAGCAUUGAGGAAGUGCUGAGCACUUACCGGAGCUGUCAUGGGGCACUCAUUCAGUGGAUUGAGGAGACCACAGCCCAGCAAGAACGGAUGAAGCCUGGUCAAGCAGAAGACAGCAGGGUCCUCUCUGAGCAGCUGAGCCAACAGAUGGCCCUGUUUGCUGAAAUAGAGGGAAAUCAAGCCAAACUGGACCAGUGUCAGAAAUUCUCUCAGCAAUACUCAGCUGCUGUCAAGGACUAUGAACUACAGCUUAUGACGUACCGUGCUUUUGUAGAGUCGCAGCAGAAGUCUCCUGUGAAACGCCGGCGUGUGCUUUCCUCCUCGGAUGCUAUCACACAGGAGUUUAUGGAUUUACGGACACGCUAUACAGCCCUGGUCACCUUGACGACACAGCAUGUAAAGUACAUCAGUGAUGCUCUCCGGCGCCUGGAAGAGGAAGAAAAAGUGGUAGAGGAGGAAAAGCAGGAGCACGUGGAUAAAGUGAAAGAACUCCUGGGAUGGAUCACAAGUUUCAAGCAAUGUGCACAGUUCAAAAGCAUCACCCCCAACAGCAAAGAACUAGGAGAUAUUGAGAAGUCCAUUUUGGAGCAGCAGGUUCUAAGUGAGGAACUGGCUGCAAAGAAGGAGGAGGUCUCAGAAGCUGUCAAAACUACCCAGAUCUUCCUUGCAAAGCAUGGCCACAAGCUUUCUGGCCAGGAGAAGGAGCAAAUUGUGACUCAGCUGAAUGCCCUGAAGGAGACGUAUGACCAGCUAUGCAGUGACUCCACAGAGCAGCUCCAGCAACUUCACAGCCACAUGGCCCAGGAGACGGCACAUAAGACACUGCAGGAGCAGCAAGCUAUACGCAGCCAGAAGCUGGAAGAGUUGUGCACCUGGAUGUCUCAGGCUGAGACCUGCUUGAGGGGUCCACAGGAAGCUGCUGCAGAAGGGGACCUCCCCAUGCUGCAACGGAGACAGAGUGACGUUAAAGAUCUGCAGAGGAGUAUGCACAGCCGGGCAGCAUCCUUUGCGAGUGUCUUGAAAGCGACAGAAGAGUUCCUGGAGGAGAACCGGACCAAGCUGGAUCCAAGGGAUCUGGUAUCCCUGAAAGACAGGCUCCAGGAGGCUAAGGAGCGGUACCAGUCCCUGCAGGAGAGAACAGAGGCAGCCCAGCAGGAGCUGGAGGAUGCCGUGAAGACUGUGGUGCAGCAGCAGACGGAAAAGGACAGAGCUGCCAAAGAUCUGGAAGAAAACCAGAGUAAGAUUGAUUCCCUUUUGCAUUGGAUGGCAUCACUGGAGCAGCCCAGGAUGCACUCAGUGAGGCAAGCAAAUGGCGGACAUAGAGAAGAAAGAGUCCCAGAUGUUCUCGAUGGCCAGUGGAUGAAGGCAGGAAGAGCUGAAGAGGAUCUCAGUUUGCACUAUGAGAACUUGAAGGUCCGGCACCAACAGCUCCUUUCCCAGCAACAAGAUGUCAUUCUGGCCACUCAGUCAGCCCAGGCCUUCCUGGAUAAGCAAGGCCACACUCUGGGGCCGGAGGAGAGGCAAAAGCUGCAGGAGAGGCUGGGGGAGCUGAGGGCCCAGUACACUACAGCCUUGUCCCAGUCGGAGGUGCAGCUGAAGCAAGCUCAAGCACUCCAGGAUGAGCUGCAGAAGUUUCUACGAGACACUGGGGAGUUCGAGGCCUGGCUGGAACAGGCAGAGCAAGAACUGGAGAGGAUGCAUGGGGGAGAUGGGAGCCUGGAGGGCCUACAGUCAACGCUUCGCUGGCAGAGCGGCUUCUCUGAAGAUGUGAUCUCUCACAAGGGGGAUCUGCGAUUUGUUACCAUGUCAGGGCAGAAAGUGCUGGAUGCAGAGAAGAUGGCGGCAGCUGUUGGCAGGCCUCCGGGGCCGGAGGUUUUAGCCACCGGAAUGCUCGUCAAGAACAAGUUGGAUGACGCUACCAAGAGAUAUGGCACUCUGCACGCCAAGUGCACUGCUCUGGGCUCCCAUCUAAACACGCUGCUGGAUCGCUCUAAGCAAUUUCAGGAUGUCUCAGAAUCUCUCCGGACAUGGCUGCGAGAGAGUGAAGAGGCUGCGUCAAACCUCCUUUCAGAACCCAUUUCCUCCGAUCCAGCUGUUUUGCAGAAGCAGCUGGCCAAUGCCAAAAGCCUACAGGAAGACCUUGCGGAGCAUCAGGUGCCCAUGAAGCAGCUUGAGAAGGCCACACGUUCUCUCUUGGAGAUACGCGAAGCCCCCAUGCCUGACCACCGAGUCAUUCAAGAAACUACCGAUUCCAUCGUGAGCCGUUUCCAGAGUCUCUCCUGUCAGAUGGCCGAGCGCUCGGACCUGUUGCAGAAGUCCAUUGCCCAGUCGCAGAGUGUCCAGGAGAGCCUCGAGACCCUCCUUCAGUCCAUGGGAGAGAUUGAAAGGAGCCUCCAAAGGAGUGAUGUGGCCUCUUUCUCCUCCUCCUCCGUCCAGGAGUCCCUUGCCACAAACAUGAAGCUGAAGCAGGACAUUGCCAGGCAAAGGAGCAGCCUGGAAGCCACGCAGGAGAUGGUGGCCCGGUUUGCAGCAACAUCCGACAGCAGCACAGCGGCAGCCCUGCAGGCCAAGCUGGUGGAGGUGACCAAAUGCUUCGACAGUCUACGGAGGUGGCAGCAGGAGAAGGAGGAUGGGCUGAAGGACCUUCUCCCCAAGGUGGAGCAGUAUGAGCAGCUCUCGGAGAAAUUGCAGCAGUUCAUGGAGAGCAGGAGUCGCCUGCUGGCCUUAGGGAACCAGCCGGAUCAUGAUAUUGCUCACUUCUCCCAACAGAUCCAGGAACUGAAUUCUGAGAUGAUGCAGCACCAAGAAAACCUUGGGACACUGGAACGUGUGUCUGCGGAGCUGAGCUCUUGUAGUUUUGCAGUAGCAGCCUCUUCCCAGCACCAAGAGAAGGUGCGCAGUUUGCGGAAAGACUUCCUGCAACUGCAGAAAGCGGCAAAGGAGAGGGAGAAAGGUGCGUCAUCCUGUCAGGAACAGUUGGAUCAAUUCCGGAAGCUGGUUGGAUCCAUCCGGAAGUGGCUGAAAGAAACUGAAAGGAAUCUCCCAACCACCGAAACCUCUCUGGGCACCCACGAACUGGAGAAGCGACAGCAGCAAGUUGAGUUCCUCUUGGAUGAAUGGAUGGAAAAGGGAGCUCUCGUGAGGGAUAUCAACUGCAGAGGGACAGCCUUGGAGAGCUUGAUCGUUGAGAUCACAGCUCCUGAUGCACAAUCCAAAACAGGUUCUGUGGUGCCCACUGCAGGAAGUUCUGUAGGCAGUGUGAAUGGAUAUCACACCUGCAAAGAUUUGACCGAGAUCCAGUGUGAUGUGUCAGAUGUGAACCAACAGUAUGAAGGGCUUGGUGCUGCUCUACAGGAGCAUCAGGAAGAGCUGUCUGCCAUGUUGGCAAAGAUGAGAGGUGCCCAGGAGGAAGCAGGUUCAGUACUGAAGUGGCUGGAGUCAAAGGAGCAGGCCUUGUCGGCACUUGAAGCGUCUUCCUCACCCACGAAGUCAGAGACUGUGAAAGCUCAGGUGGAUUGUAACAAAGCAUUUCUGGUUGAGUUGGAGCAGAAUUCUGAGAAAGUUCACAAGGCAAAGGAAUCUCUUUCUGGACUCCUGGAGAAAUAUCCUGGAACCCCGGAAGCCAGAACCUGGAAGAGUAUGCUGGAAGACUUAAAUUCCAGGUGGGCCCACGUCAACCAAGUGACAGCGGAGCGGCAGGAGAAGUUGGAGAAGUCGGCCAGUGAGCUUGCUAGCUUCCAGGUCGCUGAAGGCCAGUUGCGGCCUUGGCUGAUGGAGAAGGAGCUCAUGAUGAGUGUGUUGGGGCCACUGUCCAUUGAUCCCAACAUGCUGAGCGCACAGAAACAGCAGGUUCAGUUCAUGCUGAAUGAAUUCGAAGCUCGCAAGCCCCAGCACGAUCAGCUGAACAAGGCUGCUCAAGGAAUCCUUGCCGGCUCGGGCGACACAUCUCCAUCCAUCGACCGGAUGCAGGAGGAUCUCCAGGCUGUCAACCAGAAGUGGACUGAGCUCACUGAACGGCUCAACUCCCGUUCUAACCAAAUCAACCAGGCUAUUGUCAAGAGCACCCAGUACCAAGAACUGCUUCAGGGGUUGUCUGAAAAGGUGAAGGCCGCUGGGCAGCGCUUGAGUGGCCAGUCUGCCAUUAGCACACAGCCAGAGGCUGUGAAGCAGCAGCUGGAAGAAAUGAGUGAGAUCCGGUCUGAUUUGGGGCAGCUGGGAAAGGAGAUCACUGAAGCUCAGGCCCUGUGUGUGGAGCUGUCUGUUCUCAUUGGAGAAGAGUACCUGAAGGAGGAACUGAAGAAGCGCUUGGAGACUGUGGCCCUCCCUCUCAAAGGCUUGGAGGACUUGGCAGGGGACCGAAUGAACCAUCUGCAGACAGCACUUGCAAGUUCUCAGCAGUUCCAGCAGAUGUUUGAUGAGCUCCAUUCUUGGCUAGAUGACAAACUGAGGCAGCAGGCACAGAGCAGCCCGAUCUCGGCCAAGCUGGAGAGGCUGCAGUCUCAGAUCCAGGAACAAGAAGACUUCCAGAAGAGCCUCAACCAACACAGCGGUUCCUACGAAAUGAUUGUGGCAGAGGGUGAAUCUUUGCUGCUUUCUGUUCAUCCUGAGAAGGAAAACGCCAAUUUGCAAAGCCAGCUAGUGAACUUGAAAGCAACCUGGGAGGAGCUUAGCAAGCAAAUCACCAACCGACAUGCCAAGCUCAAAGACUGCUUGCAGAAGGCUCAAAAAUACCAGCGUCAUGUUGAGGACCUUUUCCCGUGGGUGGAGGAUUGCAGGGCAAAGAUGUCUGAGUUGGAAGUCACCCUUGAUCUAGUGCAGCUAGAAGCCGCUCUCCUGAGGUCAAAGGCUCUGCUGAGCGAUGUGGAGAAACGGCGCUCCCUUUUGGAGAUGCUGAACAGUGCAGCUGACAUCCUCAUCAACGCAUCGCAAAUGGAUGAAGAUGACAUUCGUGACGAGAAAGGGAAGAUCAACCACAAGAUGGAUGCCAUUACAGAAGAGCUCCACGCAAAGACAGAGUCCCUUGAAGAAAUGUCACAAAGACUUAAGGAGUUCCAAGAAAGUUUUAGAAACAUUGAGAAGAAGCUGGAAGGGACAAAGCACCAGCUGGAAAUCUAUGAGGCUCUAGGGCCUCAGGCCUGCAGCAAUAAGAACCUGGAGAAGCUGAGAGCCCAACAAGAGGUUCUGCAGGCACUGGAACCCCAAGUGGAUUAUCUGAAGAACUUCACUAGAGGCCUCAUAGAAGAUGCUCCAGAUGGAUCAGACUCAUCCCAUCUGUUAAGUCAAGCUGAGGUUGCCCAGCAAGAAUUCAAAAUUGUCAAGGAGAAAGUCAAUGAAUGUUGCAUACUGAUGGAGGCCAAGCUCGAAGGGAUUGGACAGUUUAAUAACCAUGUCCGGGAGAUGUUCUCUCAGCUGGCUGAUCUAGAUGAUGAGUUGGAUUGCAUGGGCCCCAUUGGGAGAGACAUAGAUAGCCUCCAGUCCCAAGCAGAAGAUGUCCAUGAAUUCUUGGCCAAACUUCAGAUGCUGAAGAUAGAUCUCCAAGCUUCUGAAGAGAAAUGCAGGCAGAUGUUGGAGGAUGAAGGGAGUCCUGAUUUAAUAGGGCUGAAACGUGAGGUAGAGACCUUAAGUAAGCAAUGCAGCAAGUUGACUGAACGGGGCAGAACUCGCCUGGAGCAGGUGGAAAUUACAUUGGCUCGUGUCAAAGACUUCUACAACCAGCUGAAGGAACUGAACCACAUGACGGCCACUGCAGAAGAGAACGAAGCAUUGCAGUGGGUGGUCGGGACAGAAGUGGAGGCAAUCAAACAGCAGCUUGAAGAUUUCAAGACAUUCCAGAGGGAGCAAGUCGACCUGCUUCAACUCAGACUGCAGCAAGUCAAUGGGCUUGGGCAGGGACUCAUCCAGAGCGCAGGAAAGAAUUGUGAUGUACAGGGCCUGGAACAUGACAUGGAAGAUAUCAACACCCGCUGGAACACACUCAACAAGAAGGUGGCUCAGAGAAUUGCCCAACUGCAGGAAGCCCUGUUGCAUUGUGGGAAAUUCCAAGAUGCCUUGGAGCCUCUGCUCAGCUGGCUGGCGGACACUGAGGAGCUCAUCUCCAAUCAGAAGCCUCCGUCAGCGGAAUACAAAGUGGUGAAGGCCCAGAUCCAAGAGCAGAAGCUGCUGCAGCGCCUCCUGGAUGAUCGGAAAGCUACUGUUGAGAUGAUUCAAACAGAGGGUGGAAGAAUAGCACAGUCAGCCGAACCAGUGGACAGGGAGAAGAUAGCUGGGCAGCUGGAGAGUCUUGGAAGCCGCUGGGCAGGCCUCCUCAGCAAGGCCUCAGCAAGGCAAAAUCAGUUGGAGGAGAUCCUGGUUUUGGCCAAGCAGUUCCAUGAGACAUCGGAACCCAUCUCUGACUGGCUGGCUGUGACAGAAAAGAAAUUAGCCAACUCAGAGCCCAUUGGGACUCAAACUGCCAAAAUCCAGCAGCAGAUCACCCGGCAUAAGGCACUAGAGGAAGAGAUAGAGAGCCGGGCCACGGCCGUGGCUCGUGCAGUCAGGACAGGGCAGUCUCUGUCCUCCUUGAGCUGCAGAACUGAGCAGGCCUUACUGGCUGACAAACUGGACCUGCUGGAGUCUCGCUAUGAUGAGAUUUGUGACCGGUGCGGCCGGAAGGCUGCCCUUCUUGAUCAGGCCUUGGCUAAUGCCCGGCUCUUUGGGGAGGACGAGGUGGAGGUGCUCAACUGGCUAGCGGAGGUUGAGGACAAGCUCAUCUCGGUGUCCGUCAAGGAUUACCAACGGGAUGUCCUGCAGAAGCAGCAUGCUGAGCAGCUGGCCUUGAAUGAUGAGAUCCUGAACCGCAAGAAGAAUGUAGACCAGGCCAUUAAGAAUGGACAAGCCCUUCUGAAACAAACCACAGGGGAGGAAGUGCUGCUCAUCCAGGAGAAACUGGAUGGCAUCAAGACCCGUUACUCAGACAUAACCACUGCCAGCUCAAAGGCGCUUCGGACACUGGAGCAGGCACGGCAGCUGGCCACGAAGUUCCAGGCCACGCACGAGGAGCUGACCGGCUGGAUGAGUCAAGUGGAGGAGGAGCUGACAUCUGGUGGAGGGUACUCCCCCACUGGGGAGCAGAUUCCUCAGUUCCAGCAGAGGCAAAAGGAACUAAAGAAGGAAGUGAUGGAACGUCGGCUUAUUCUGGAUACUGUGAAUGAGGUGAGCCGUGCCCUGCUGGAACUGGUGCCCUGGCGUGCCCGCGAAGGCUUGGAUAAGCUGGUCUCAGACACCAAUGAACGGUACAAGCUGAUCAGUGACACCAUCAAGCAAAGGGUAGAAGAAAUAGAUGCUGCGAUACAAAGGUCCCAGCAGUAUGAGCAAGCAGCUGAUGCAGAACUCGCUUGGGUUGCAGAGACAAAGCGGAAGCUGAUGGCUCUUGGUCCGAUCCGCCUGGAGCAAGACCAAACCACUGCACAGCUGCAGGUCCAGAAGGCAUUUUCCAUUGACAUAAUUCGGCACAAAGAUUCAGUGGAUGAGCUGUUCAGCCAGCGUAGUGAAAUCUUGGGCACUUGCGGGGAGGAGCAGAAAGCCAUGCUUCAGGAGAAAACAGAGUCUCUCGCGAACCAGUAUGACAAAGUCAGCCACCUCAAUUCAGAGCGCUAUGCCUGCCUGGAGCGGGCCCAAGUCUUGGUAAACCAGUUCUGGGAGACGUACGAAGAGCUCAGCCCUUGGCUAGAAGAGAUGCAAGCCCUGAUUGGACAGCUGCCACCACCUGCCAUUGACCAUGAGCAUCUCAAACAGCAACAGGAAGACAUGAGGCAAUGGAGGGAGUCAAUUGCUGAGCACAAACCCCACAUUGACAAGCUGCUGAAAAUCGGGCCACAGCUGAAGGAAUUAAACCCAGAAGAAGGGGAGAUGGUUCAGGAGAAAUACUCUCUGGCUGAGACCACAUACUUGCGCAUCAAAGAGGAGGUCCGCCAACGCGCUCUAGCACUGGAUGAGGCCAUCUCGCAGUCAACUCAGAUUGCAGAGUUCCACGACAAGAUUGAGCCAAUGCUGGAGACUUUGGAGAGUCUCGCUUCCCGUCUGCGCAUGCCCCCGCUGAUCCCAGCAGAGGUGGAGAAAAUCAGGGAGUGCAUCAGUGACAAUAAAAAUGCCACAAUGGAGCUGGAGAAGCUGCAGCCAUCCUUCGACGCUCUGAAACGCCGUGGGGAAGAACUGAUCAGGCGAUCCCAAGGAGCAGACAAGGACCUGGCAGCAAAAGAAAUCCAGGAUAAAUUGGAUCAGAUGGUGUUCUUCUGGGAAGAUAUCAAAACUCGGGCCGAGGAACGCGAAAUCAAAUUCCUGGAUGUCCUUGAACUGGCAGAGAAGUUCUGGUAUGACAUGGCUGCCCUCCUGACCACCAUCCGAGAUACCCAGGACAUUGUCCAUGACCUGGAGAGUCCCGGGAUUGACCCAUCCAUCAUAAAGCAGCAAGUGGAAGCUGCAGAGACGAUCAAGGAGGAAACGGAUGGUUUGCAUGAAGAACUGGAAUUCAUCCGGAUCCUGGGAGCCGAUUUGAUUUUUGCCUGCGGUGAGACCGAAAAACCAGAAGUGAAGAAGAGCAUUGAUGAGAUGAAUAGUGCUUGGGAAAACCUGAACAAAACCUGGAAGGAGAGACUGGAGAAGCUGGAGGAGGCCAUGCAGUCAGCGGUGCAGUAUCAGGACACAUUGCAGGCUAUGUUUGACUGGCUGGACAACACGGUGAUUAAACUCUGCAACAUGCCACCUGUGGGCACCGACCUCAACACCGUCAAAGAGCAGCUGAACGAGAUGAAGGAAUUCAAAAUGGAAGUUUACCAGCAGCAAAUUGAGAUGGAGAAACUGAAUCAUCAGGGGGAGCUGAUGCUCAAAAAAGCUACCGACGAGACCGAUCGAGACAUCAUCAGGGAACCGCUGACGGAACUGAAGCAUCUGUGGGAGAACCUGGGGGAGAAAAUCGCCCACAGGCAGCACAAGUUGGAAGGCGCUUUGUUGGCCCUCGGACAGUUUCAACACGCGUUGGCCGAACUGGUGGCAUGGCUGACACACACAGAAGAACUGUUGGAUGCCCAGAGGCCCAUCAACGGCGACCCAAAGGUCAUUGAGGUGGAGCUGGCAAAACACCAUGUGCUGAAAAACGAUGUGUUGGCCCACCAAGCCACAGUGGAGACAGUAAACAAAGCUGGCAAUGAGCUCCUGGAAUCCAGCGCAGGAGACGAUGCCAGUAGCCUCCGGAACCGGCUGGAGAUGAUGAAUGCCUGUUGGGAGUCAGUGCUGCAGAAGACGGAGGAACGAGAACAGCAGUUGCAGAUGACCCUUCAGCAGGCUCAGGGUUUCCAUGGUGAAAUUGAAGACUUCCUCCUAUGGCUCACGAGGAUGGAGAACCAGCUGUCGGCCUCCAAACCAACAGGCGGGCUGCCGGAAACUGCCCGGGAACAACUGAGUGCCCAUAUGGAGCUCUAUGCCCAGUUUAAAGCCAACGAGGAGGUCUACAGCCAGCUCUUGGCGAAGGGGCGACUGAUGCUUCUGAGCCGGGAUGACUCUGGAUCCGGAUCGAAGACGGAGCAAAGUGUGGCCCUCCUGGAACAGAAAUGGGGCCUCAUCAGCACAAAGAUGGAAGAGAGAAAGUCCAAGCUGGAAGAGGCCCUCAACUUGGCCACGGAGUUCCAGAACUCCCUCCAGGAUUUCAUCAACUGGCUGACCCUUGCUGAGCAGAGCUUGAACGUGGCCCCUUCACCCAGCCUCAUCCUCAGCACCGUGCUCUCACAGAUAGAGGAUCACAAGGUCUUUGCCAACGAAGUGAAUGCACAUCGGGACCAGAUUAUCGGUUUGGAUCAAACUGGGAACCAGCUGAAAUUCUUGAGUCAGAAACAGGACGUGGUCUUGAUCAAGAAUCUCCUAGUCAGUGUCCAGUCACGCUGGGAGAAGGUCGUCCAGCGUUCAGUCGAGAGGGGACGGGCUCUGGAUGAUGCUCGGAAGCGGGCAAAACAGUUCCAUGAAGCGUGGAAAAAGUUGGUUGACUGGUUGGAAGAUGCGGAGAAUCAUCUGGACUCUGAGUUGGAAAUUUCUAACGAUCCUGACAAGAUCAAGCUGCAACUCUCUAAGCACAAGGAGUUCCAAAAAACUCUAGGUAGCAAACAGCCUGUCUAUGAUACCACAAUUCGUACAGGAAGAGCCCUAAAGGAGAAAGCUCAGUUUUCAGAUGACACCCAAAGCCUGGAUCAUCUGCUCGGGGAAGUCCGAGACAAAUGGGAUACAGUGUGUGGGAAAUCUGUGGAAAGGCAGCACAAACUGGAAGAGGCGUUGCUUUUCUCUGGCCAGUUCAUGGAUGCCUUGCAAGCUUUGGUGGACUGGCUGUACAAGGUGGAGCCACAGUUGGCUGAAGACCAGCCCGUGCAUGGGGACCUGGAUCUGGUCAUGAACUUAAUGGAUGCCCACAAGGUAACAGCUGGGAUGAAGAACCUGCAAAAGGAGCUUGGCAAGCGAACGGGCACAGUGCAGGUACUGAAACGCUCCGGACGGGAGUUGAUUGAGAACAGCCGCGAUGACACCACAUGGGUGAAGGUGCAGCUGCAAGAGCUGAGUAACCGCUGGGACACCGUCUGCAAGAUGUCCGUCUUAAAGCAAACCCGGCUGGAGGAGGCCUUGAAGCAGGCGGAGGAGUUCCGGACCGCCGUCCACAUGCUGCUGGAGUGGUUGUCUGAAGCCGAGCAGACCCUCCGCUUCCGGGGAGCUUUGCCUGAUGAUGCCGAAGCUCUGCAGGCACUCAUUGAUGUGCACAAGGAGUUCAUGAAGAAAGUAGAAGAGAAAAGGGUGGAUGUUAACUCUGCUGUUGCAAUGGGAGAGGUCAUUUUAGCUGUGUGCCACCCUGACUGUGUCACCACCAUCAAACACUGGAUUACCAUCAUCCGCGCCCGGUUUGAAGAGGUUCUCACGUGGGCGAAGCAGCAUCAGCAGCGCCUUGAGGUGGCGCUCUCAGAGCUGGUGGCCAAUGCAGAACUUCUGGAGGAGCUCUUGGCAUGGAUCCAGUGGGCUGAGACCACUCUGAUCCAGCGGGAUCAGGACCCGAUGCCGCAGAACAUAGAGCAAGUGAAAGCCCUCAUUGCAGAGCACCAGUCCUUCAUGGAAGAAAUGACACGAAAGCAGCCAGAUGUGGACCGAGUCACAAAGACAUACAAGAGGAAAGCCACUGAGCCAACGCAUGGGCCUUUCACUGAGAAAUCCCGAAGCAAUCGGAAGUCCUUGAGCCAGACUGCCCCUCCUCCCAUGCUCCUCCUUUCCCAAUCGGAAGCAAAGAACCCGCGCAUCAACCAGCUGUCAGCCAGGUGGCAGCAGGUGUGGCUGCUGGCGCUGGAGCGUCAGCGCAAGCUCAAUGAUGCCCUGGACCGGCUGGAAGAGUUGAAAGAGUUUGCAAACUUUGACUUCGAUGUCUGGCGGAAGAAGUACAUGCGCUGGAUGAACCACAAGAAGUCUCGUGUCAUGGACUUUUUCCGACGGAUUGACAAAGACCAGGAUGGGAAAAUCACUCGGCAAGAGUUCAUUGAUGGGAUCCUCGCGUCUAAAUUUCCCACGACUAAGUUAGAGAUGACUGCCGUAGCUGACAUUUUUGACCGUGACGGGGAUGGCUAUAUUGACUACUAUGAGUUUGUAGCUGCUCUGCAUCCCAACAAAGACGCUUACCGGCCAACGACAGAUGCAGACAAAAUUGAAGAUGAGGUCACAAGGCAGGUGGCUCAGUGCAAAUGUGCUAAGAGGUUCCAAGUGGAGCAGAUCGGAGAGAAUAAGUACAGGUUUGGUGAUUCGCAGCAGCUGCGGCUGGUCCGUAUUCUGCGUAGCACCGUUAUGGUUCGUGUCGGUGGAGGAUGGAUGGCCCUGGAUGAAUUUUUAGUGAAGAAUGAUCCUUGCAGAGCACGUGGAAGAACUAACCUCGAACUUCGAGAGAAAUUCAUUCUCCCAGAGGGAGCUUCUCAGGGAAUGGCACCAUUCCGCUCCAGGGGUCGCAGGUCCAAGCCUUCCUCUCGGGCAGCUUCCCCAACACGAUCCAGCUCUAGUGCCAGCCAGAGCAAUCACAGCUGCGCUUCUAUGCCCUCCUCCCCAGCCACACCUGCCAGUGGGGCAAAGGUUACUCCAUCUUCAAGCAGUAAACUGAAGCGACCCACUUUCCACUCGAGCAGAACUUCUCUUGCUGGUGAUACCAGCAACAGCUCCUCCCCAGCUUCUUCUGGGGCCAAAACCAAUCGGGCAGAUCCUAAGAAAACCGCCAGUCGCCCUACAAGCCGCGCUGGAAGCCGUGCAGGGAGCCGCGCCAGCAGCCGCCGGGGCAGUGACGCCUCCGACUUUGACCUCCUGGAAACCCAGUCGGCCUGCUCAGACACAUCGGAGAGCAGUGCAACGGGAGGGCAGAGCAGUUCCCGACGGGGAAUGGCCAAACCGUCUAAAAUCCCAACCAUGUCCAAGAAAUCCACCACUGCCACCCCCAAAACUCCAGGCCCCAAGAGAUAAUACUGCAUUCUUGCCUGCCUGCGUAUCUACACACAGAGAAACCUGUGUCCACUUUUUAAUCCUGCUUCAUACAUUGGAUGUAUAUUUAUUCUACACGGGAGAAAAUUAUAUUGUUAAAAAGUGUAAAAGAAUAAUUGUGUUAUGAAGCUGCCUUAUUUUGUUCCGUUUAUUUUUUUUUCCUUUGUAAGUUACUAUUUUCAUGUGAAUAUUUAUGUAGAUAAAAAACUUGCCUUCUGGUGACCUUCUUUUGUGUUGGGAGGGGGCCCAGGAAAACAGAUUGAAAGGUGGAAGAGAAUACAAGCAAGCAAGCAAAAGGUCAUGAUGUGAAAAUGUAAGGGGGAAAAAGAAGCAAAAAAAAAUUAUAAAUAGGAUUUCUGUGCAGUGCAGGAGAUGAUCCUGCGUUAUCUUUUAGGAUUGUUUCCUAAAUGGAUCUUUAUAAAAACGUAACUUGCUGUCUCAGCAAGGUAAAUUAUAUUUAAAAAGCAACACCUGAAUAUCCAGCAGUGUUCAAGGAACUCUUUCUUUCCUCGUUUUUUUCUUUUUUCUUUUUCUAAAUCAUGGAUACCUCAAUAAGAGAAAUGUGAGGUGAGGAAGAUCUGGAACUUCUGUUUCCAGUUUUUUUAAUAGAAAAUCAUUGUGGUUUUACCUGAAGAUCAAGUGGAGUGAGUUUGAAUUAAAAAAAAAAUUGCACAUGCUUUCUUACAAGUAAAGAAGUUCACUACAAGUGCUGCAUCUAGCAAAACAAAAGUACUGUCAGCAGUUGAGCUUUUUAAGAACUAAUCUUAUGUUUGGGGAGUGGGGGCUGUCCAGAAACAUCACCCUGGCGUGGGACAUCCAGGGUGGGGUGGGGAUGCAAGAUGACCUUUUAACUAGGGGACACAAAGGGGGACUUUGCGUGCCUCGUCCUCCUGUCUCACCACUGUAAAAGACUGACCACUUUUUAAGUUCACGAACUGGUAUUUAACUGUUUCAUUUCCUAUUUAUUGUCUCAACUGCGAAAUUCCAUGUCGGACCAGACUGACUAACUUUGCGGGUUUUCCACUCCAGGGAAGAAAAAGCCGGCUUCCACACGCACCGUUGCUUGUUCUUGGAAAUGUUUCAGAGUAUCACCAGCAGCCCACUUGCUAGCAAGGCCCUGUCUUGCUUUUUCUAUGCUCAUUUUUUUUUCCUUUGUAGAGGAAAUUAAAAAAAAAAAGUUAAUCAUGUGACCAUAAAGGGGGGGGAGUGGGGGGCUCUCUGGUCUUCCUGUAUUAUUAACUUUUGCUCUUGGCCCACUCUGACCACAUUGCUGUGUGAUUCUCUCAGUUGGUUAAAUUGAGCCAGAACUCUGAAGCUCUACCAAUGAAUUGUUUAAAAAAAAAAAAAAGAAGAGACAGACACUUUUUGUAUUAAAAUUGCUUGCAGUAAUAAUAAAAAGACC